AAUUGAUGAAGUCGUAUUGAGUUGACAUAAACCCGUAACAACAACCUCUUCACUGUGUCAUCCAGAACACCAGGGGGCCGUAGAGGUCCACCACAUCAGUGCAGGUCACUUCUUCCGGCUGAAGUGUGGUGAUGACGAUGACGCUGAGGACUGUACCACCGUGACCUGGAGCAGAGGGGGGAACCAGACCCUUAACAUGACCUCUGGGGUGGAGAUCAGAGGGGAGGUUCUGUGGUUUCUACCUGCCCACACCUCCCAUAAUGGACACUACACUUGUGAGAGCAGGUAAGAAACCUCUGUAGAUUACUGUAUGUAGUUGAUCAAAUGCCUUAGUUGAAGUGUAUCAGUUAUUUUAGUUCCUAAAGUGACUUCAAGAAUGUUUGGAGGUAAUUCCAAUAUCACACACAGAGAUUGAACCAGGAUGAUUGGCAUGAAUCAGUCUUCACUUUCCAGAUCCUAAAUGUAUUAAUGUCUCACAUUAAUAAUUCUCAACUUCACUGUUACAAUAGUAAAUGGAGAGCGCUGGUCAUAUGUUCAUGUGUGUUAUGACACCGGUACCCCACUAGAUCGUGGGAGAAGGAGUUUGUGCUGUCUGUGGACACGGGGCCCUGUCCGGUCCCAGCGGAGAUAAGGACUGUAUCCCAGGGGACGAGUGGAGUAGUGUUCUGCAGACAGCAGGAUGUCCUCCAUCUAGACCCCACAGCACACAUCCGAUGGUUCAAGGUAAGAGUAGACGCCCAUCUAGACAUACCCCUGUCAUAAGGCCUGCAUUACAAUGUCAUAGUAAUGUCAUAACAGAUGUCAUGAACAGUCAUAAGAGCUGACAUCAGCUUAUGACAACGGGCAUGAUACCUUGUGUCAUUGCUGUCAAGUGCUCAACAUUGGUAAUAGAAAAAAACAUUGAAGACAUUUGGGAUAAGUAGAUAGGAUUGCGUGACCUAACUUUGACACACAGCAUCUCUGAUGGGAUGUGCAGGACUGUAGCCCUGUCGACCAGCAUGGAGAGAAGAUCAUUGAAGAAGAUGGUCUGAAGAGGCUCCGGUUGGUCAAUGCUACUGAAAGCCAUGCUGGAGUUUAUACCUGCCUGGUAGAGUUCUCUCUGCAGGGGAGAAACCACACUGCCACCCACAGCACUCAGCUCAAAGUCAACAAAGGUAAAGCUAAAGCUCCUUUUCAAUUCUAUGUCAUGAGCGUAUAUUUCUUCUCACCACGCUUUCUGUGGCUGCAACCAAGAGUGAAUUUUUUAUAUAUUUUUUUAUAUUUCCAUGUAUUUGUUAUUCUCUGUUUGUUAUAAAUAGGUGAUUUGUAACUUUAUAAGGAUUGUAGCAUUUCUGUUUACCUGUACAUUAUCGAUAAGGCUUUUUUUGACUAUCUUGCCAUACCUGUGUGGUCUUUUUAUUGGCAGAAAAAGUCCUGUUGAAACCCCAAGUAACCGAUCCCAUAAAUGUAACGGUUAUGGUUGAACCAGGUGAGAAAUGAUGACAUCAAGCUUUUUUGUAGAUAAUACUAAAAAGGGCCAUGACACAGCCACUGACUCAGUGUUUUCUGUUUGACGGCAGGUUCAAGGAUAGAGCUGUUGUGUUCAGCAUUUCUGGGGGUCGGUGAAGGUACGGAGUCAGAGAGCUCUAUGUUCUGGACAGUAAAUGGAAGCCAUACUGAGCACAUAGAACAGCUCGACGUGACAAAGACAACAAUGUGAGUACUCUAUUAAACCUGUAGUAUACACUCUGUAUCUCAUUUUGCGUGUUUGUAGAGGUGUGUGUGUGUGUGUGUGUGUGCGUGUGUGGGUACACAUGCGUGUGCAUGAGUAUGUGUAUAGAGCUCUGUCCUACACUGUGACCAUCUCACUCUCUCACCACCUGACCCUCAGCCAUCCUAGCAGUAGUGGGGUCUAUGGCCAGUCCACUCUGUCUAUCUAUGAGGUCCGUCCUGAGUUCCUCAACGUGCCCAUCAGCUGCAUUGCCUGGAACGCCCUGGGUCGGGACAUAGGGUUGCUCUGGCUCCAACCAGGUAGGAUCCCAACCACAGUCCUAAGUAACAUGGAGGACUUCAAAUCACCCAUAAGAGUCUGUGUUUGAACAGGACGUUGGCCAUGUAAUUUGUGAGAGAUUUGAUUUAAGGUGCUGAUAUUGGUACAGUAACUUAGACUAGCUACUGUCAGUCAGCACAGAAUGUGAUAACCUCUUCAUAGCGCACUUCCUUCCUUUCUAGCCAAUCACAGUGGUUUCUACACAUGCGUGUGUCUCUGCCUGGCCUUUUCUAUGGUGGUUCUUGGAGUAGCGAUGUGCUGCCUCUUUAAAGUGGACCUGGUGCUGGCCUAUAGGAGACUGCGCCCUCUUGUGUCCAAAAAGCAAGGUGCGUAAUCAGAGAUCUCCCACGUUCACAAAAGAUUCCUGGCCCUAAACCUGAGGGUCUCUGACCAUUUUCUAAGUAUUUAUAUUUAUAAUGGAUAAUAUGUUUAUCUUCUCUUCUCCUCCUUUCUGCUCCUCUCCUCUUUACUUCUCCAGCACCAGAUGGAAAGCUGUAUGAUGCCUAUGUCAGUUAUCUCCAUGGUGAUGGGUUGUCCAGGGCAGAGAUGUUUGCUCUGCAGGUUCUACCUGAGGUGUUGGAGAGACGAUACGGAUACACACUCUUCGUCAGUGGCCGGGAUGACCUCCCUGGGGAAGGUACACACACACUUUGAUUGAUGUGAAUGUUGAUCUACUGCAUUGUCCCUGUUCACUAAAUAAAGUCCCAUGUUUCUCUGUAGCGAUCCAUGAUGUCACCUCAGAGACCAUGCGGAGAAGCAGACGGCUCAUCAUCGUCCUGUCAGACCAGAGUGCAUCCCCUCUGCACCCCAAAAUUGUUCCUGAGGACCAGUUACCACUGCACCAGAGCCCACAGAACCGCCCUAGCUACGACCAGCAGAUUGGCCUGUACGACGCUUUGAUCCAAAAUGGCCUCCGGGUUGUCCUGGUGGAGAUAGAUGGCAAGCUGGACUACACUUCUCUACCUGAGUCACUGCACUACAUCAGGAGGAAGCAGGGAGCUCUGAGGUGGAGGAGGCCCAGAUCUGGAAAGAGCAGCUCCACUGCAUCCCCUAAUGGCCACUUCUGGAAGUGUCUGAGAUACCACAUGCCCUCCAAGCCAGAAGGGGCUCUGAAACCUCAGCCAACACCUGGGAUAAACUGUAGUAUAGAACUGUAUUAGUCAUGUCUCUAUUAGACAUUAUAUGACAAUGUGUAUAUUGAUGUAUUCGCAUGGCUAUUAUGCCUAUGGCUGGGGGGGCAACCCUGAUCCUGGAACCCUCCUUUUUAUAUGUUUGAGCUACCAGUGUGAUUGAGUGUCCUAAGAAUUGUGCAAGAGAACUUGUGCAAAUUGAAAGAAACAUUUACACUCCUCCUGAAAAUAGUUUUGCUAAUUCUGCUCAUACUUUGCUAAUUCUAGUUCCAGUGUAAUCGAGUGUCCUCUAAGAAGCACUUGAGAGGCUUUUUCUAGCAAUAACAGAGUUAUUUGUGUAAUGAGUCAGUGCAGUGGUACUGUGUACACACUGAUACAGCUGGCCUGACACUAUACUCUCACAGGAUAUCCUCUGGAUGUUUUGGAAACAGCAUGCUCUCAACCAAGGUUUUCACUGACUUAGUAAGUAUAUUUUCAAUUAAAGAAGUCAUCUCUAAUGGAACAGUAACUACAUCUGUUUUGUCUUGUUUUUAUUGUAUAACUACUGUACUUUAUUAGUUCACUUUAGACACUGUACAUUUGAUAAAUGAUGAAGUGUGAUGAACUGGACAAUUUUCUUCCAAUAGUUCCAUCAGUAGUUGCUGAAUAUAAUGACAGAUAUGUUUGAGACCUUUAAGUUCAUGAAGUUCAAUUAAUGUUUGCCUCUGUGUGUAUAUUUGAGAAAGAGUGUGUGCACCCGUGAAAGCAGCAUGUCAAUUAAAAGUGUGUGUUUGAUGG